CUUCUUUCAGUACGACAGGAACACAUCUCUUGGCACUGACAUGAGGAAACUUUAUCCUGAUGAAAACAGAAGCAUUGGAGUUUGACAGAUCUUGAUUUUGAAUAAAUUCAAUAAAAUCCGGGGAAAUAACUGUUGGAUAAAAGAACAAAAUGUGGAAAAGAGCUGCUGUUCUUUGGCUUUUGCUGUUGGCAGUGAACCCAGAUGUAGCCCACGGACAGAACAGAAAAAAGACGGGUCGGAAACCAAGUAACCUUAUACUAAGAGAUGAAGGAAAGGUGAUGCUCUGUCCUUUAGACAUUGCCUUCAUCAUGGAUAGCUCUGAAAGUGCCAAAAAUAUCAUGUUUGAGAGGGAGAAGGCUUUUGUUCAGGAUUUUGGUGAAAGAGUAAUGCAGAUGACGUCACCUUCUGGCAUGAAAUUAAACAUCAAGUUGGCAGUGUUACAGUACAGCAGUACUGUGAAGAUAGAGCACCCCUUCCGAGACUGGCAAAACAUUCAAGUCUUCAAAAACCGGGUCCGCUCAAUGGUAUAUAUAGGGCAUGGUACAUAUUCAUCCUAUGCAAUCACUAACACCACCCAACUGUUUGAAGCGGAAACGAAGCCUGGCAGUGUCAAAGUGGCAUUACUGAUGACUGAUGGAGUGGACCAUCCCAGGAACCCAGACAUCUUGGGAGCAGCAGCUACUGUUAAGAACUAUGGCAUCAAGCUCUUUACCAUUGGGUUAUCAGCCCUUGCUAAUGAAAGCGCCAAUAUUGUCAAACUGCGCUCCAUAGCUAGUACCCCAGCCGAACAAUAUGUGCAUAGCCUGAGUGAUCCAUACCUUCAAGAUAAACUCCUUGAGCAAUUGAGUAGAAUUGUUGUUGAUGGGUGUCAGCAGCCAAAGUCGCCGUGUGUUUGUGAAGCAGGAGAGAAAGGAGCUCCAGGAAGUCCGGGCAGUGUUGGUCGUGAUGGUGCUAAAGGUAACAAAGGAUCCAAGGGUGAGUCUGGCAUCAAUGGACUUCCUGGAAAUCAAGGCCCUGAGGGCAGACCUGGUUUUAAGGGUAAUAAGGGUGAAAGAGGUGACUGUGGGAGCCCUGGUACAAAAGGAGAUAGGGGGCCUGAAGGACCACCUGCACCAAGGGGACCCAGAGGAGAGAAAGGUUUAAUUGGACCAACAGGGGACCAAGGCCCUGAAGGAAUGCCUGGACCUAAAGGGGAUCGUGGUCCAACUGGUGCCUCUGGCCCCCCAGGCGAUAAUGGUAUUGGAUUUCCUGGGCCAAAGGGGGACAAAGGUUCACAGGGCAGACCUGGGCCUACUGGUCCAAUAGGCAUUGGGGAACCAGGACCACCGGGUCCUCCAGCUCCUUCAGGGAUACAGGGGAACAUAGGACCUCCGGGAGAAGGACUUCCUGGUGCAAAGGGGGACAGAGGGUACGAAGGACCCAGAGGAACUCGUGGCUUACCAGGAUUGGGGAUUAAGGGUGAGAAGGGUGAUUUUGGACCUACUGGGCUUCCUGGAUCAGCUGGCCUUCCAGGAAAUGGGAUUCAGGGAGAAAAGGGGGACCAAGGUCCUGUAGGCCCAAUUGGUCCUAGAGGGCCACCAGGGAUAGGAUUUAGUGGCCCAAAAGGAGACCAGGGUUUUCCUGGAGAACGUGGGUUACCAGGUGACAUGGGAGUUGGUGAAACAGGACCUAAAGGGGAUGCAGGGCCACCAGGACUGCCUGGAAUUCAGGGUGUUUCAGGGGAGGACGGGGCUGUGGGACCAAAGGGUGAAACAGGUUCUCAAGGACCGGUGGGACCUGAGGGGGCUCCUGGAAAAGGAAUAUCUGGAGAAAAGGGAGACAAAGGGGACAGAGGGUCAAGAGGAUUACCUGGAUUACAGGGACAAGUUGGAGCAAUGGGGCCUAAGGGUGUGACAGGAAAUACUGGCCAAACUGGGAAGCCAGGCCCGUCUGGUCGGGGAAUUCAAGGGCCAAAAGGUGACCCAGGUCCAGUAGGACCAUCUGGACCAGUCGGGGACCCAGGAAUUGGAAUACCUGGACCAAAGGGUGAAAGAGGAUUGCCUGGACCUCCAGGACCAAUUGGACCAAAAGGGGACGGCUAUCCUGGCAUUCAGGGACCACCUGGAUUACCAGGGCUUCCAGGAGAAGCAGGCCCUGAAGGAAAAGGGCUGCCUGGUUCAAAGGGAGACCGAGGAUUACCAGGCUUUCCAGGACCAGCUGGACUCCAUGGAAUUGGAGCUGUCGGACCUAAGGGACCUGUUGGUCAGGCUGGUCCACCAGGACCCCCAGGUUUACCUGGAGAGGAUAUACAAGGACCCAAGGGAGAGCCAGGAUUUCAGGGAGUGCCUGGGCCUAGGGGCCCACCAGGUGAAGGCUUCCCAGGAGAGAAGGGGGAUCGUGGAUUUUCAGGAGAUCGAGGGAGGCAGGGUGACAAAGGAGAACUUGGAGAGCCUGGGCCAACUGGAACACCAGGGAUGCCUGGACAGAAAGGAGAUAUGGGCCUUACUAGAGAAGAAAUCAUCAAAAUAAUCAGAGAAAUCUGUGGUUGUGGUGUAAAAUGCAGAGAAAGUCCUCUUGAACUGGUGUUUGUGAUUGACAGUUCGGAAAGUGUCGGACCAGAAAACUUUGAUGUUGUCAAAGACUUUGUCAGCGCCCUGAUAGACAGAGUUUCUGUGAGUCGAGAAGGUACCCAUAUUGGCGUUGUGCUGUACAGCCACAUAAAUGUUGUUGUGGCCAACCUCCAGCAGCACUCAAACCAAGACGACAUGAAAGCAGCGGUUCGCUCAAUGACAUAUCUCGGGGAAGGCACCUACACAGGCAGUGCCAUAAAGAGAGCUAACCAGAUCUUCCAGGCCUCCAGGCCAGGGGUUAGGAAAGUGGCAAUAGUCAUAACAGAUGGACAGGCAGACAGACGUGACUCUGUGAAACUGGAGGCUGUGGUGAGGGAGGCCCAUUCUGCCAGCAUUGAAAUGUUUGUGAUUGGAGUAUUGAACAGGAGUGACCCCUUUUAUCAAAACUUCAAGAACGAAAUGAAUAUGAUUGCCUCGGAUCCAGAUGAGGAGCAUAUUUAUCUGAUUGAUGACUUUAUGACACUUCCAGCACUUGAGAGCAAACUACUCAGCAGAAUCUGUGAAAGUGAAGAUGGCGUCCUGUUUAGUCCAGUGCCUAAGUCUAUAUUGCCACCUGGUAUUGCCACCACUUCAGACCUUAUCAAAGAGAAACUUGAAAGAACAGACACACCUUUUGUCAGUGGAGAUUACAGUACGCUGUCUAGAGAGCCAAGCCUACCAGGUGAAUCAGUCACUCCACCAGGACCCCGAGGGACCAGGAUUGGUAUUGUGAAUGACAGAAUUGCUCCUUUGUCGAACAGAACUUCCGUCGCUCCUGUAGCUGGUCCAUCGGUGACUACAAAAAAAACAUUUAUACCCGUGACUGAAAACCAACCAACAACUCCACCAGCUCCACCAACCCAGGAAACCUUUUUUUCAGGUCUAAGAUGUGAAGAGACUUUGGAACCAGGACCAUGCAGGGAGUAUGUGGUUAAAUGGUACUAUGACUCCACAGCAAAUGCAUGUGCCCAGUUCUGGUAUGGAGGGUGUAAUGGUAAUGGGAACCGGUUUGAUACAGAGGAUGAUUGUAAAGACUAUUGUGUUAGAGGAAAAAAGAAAUAAAAUCUGAGCCUGGCACAUGUCAUCAGAAUGCAAGAAAAUGAAGUAUUGCUUUUUGAAAGAAAUCACUGUAACAUCCACUGUGAAAAAUCAAAGCUCAUUAAGAUUCAAUUACAAAAUACUUUGUCCUGCUUAGUGGUGCUAUUCAAUCAAACCAGACAUAUGAGUACACAAAACGUAUGCUGUCUUUACAUUCUAAACGUUAUUCUAUAAGUACUUAAAUAAUUUAACAUGAAUUAUCAUGGAUCAUAACAGUUAAACCCCAAAGUAAUAUGUUUACAGCACAUUUUUACACAAGUCCAGAUUAAUAAUGGUAGCAUGAUUACGCAAAAUGCCUGACGACUAAUAUUUCAAAUAUAAUUUAAUUAAUUUACUUGAGGCCUAACAUUGACUAACUUUUGUUUUAUAUUUUGGUGAUGUAUAAGUGAAUAGAUAUCCCAAUUUACUGUAUACUGUAUUACAAAACAUAGUGUCUUUAUUUUUAUUUGGUUUCUUGUAGCAUAAACAUGCAAA